ACAUAGUCAACAAAUGCAAGAUUAUUUGUAGGAAAAUUUAGUUUGUGAGGAUGUUUAAUGGAGCUGUGUCCCUUUGGGUUCUUCCUCUGAUCCUGUUGCUGGGGAAUGCACCUUUCUGUCUUUCCAGCCUCUUCUCUUCACUAGUUGACUUGCAGACAGACAGGACGGAUUACUAUGAAUACUAUGAUGAGCAUGUCCCGCCAGAAGAGAACACCCCCACCACAGACAGAGAAUACCUCACAUAUCCCGACUGGUUCUACGAAUACUUUGGCUACAACGUAGAUCCAUGCUCGUCCAAGCCUUGCAAGAACAAUGGUGAGUGCAAAAGAAAUAGAAAUCGCUACACCUGCCUCUGCCCUAUGCCGUAUGCCGGAACUAGGUGUGAGAAAGUGAAAAACGUGUGUGAGAGGAAUAGCUGUAGUAAAGGAGACUGCCUUAUAAUGCUAACUCCACCUUAUUCUCAGUGCACUUGUAGACAUCCCUACAAGCCACCAUACUGCAACAAAGUAUCUUCAGCUUGCAAACCAAACCCAUGUAAAAAUGGAGGCGUCUGUCGACAGCGGAGAAUCAGAUCAAAAUUCUCCUGCCAGUGUGCUGAACCCUUCAGAGGGAGGUUCUGUGAAAUAGGACCAGAGGACUGUUAUGAACAGGAUGGCCAUGAAUACAGAGGGAAAGUGAGUCAAACAAGGUCUGGGGAGACAUGCCUUCAUUGGAAUUCUAACCUGCUCUUGGACGAGAGUUAUAAUGCAUUUAUGGAGGAUGCUGAGUAUUAUGGGAUCGGUGAACAUAACUUCUGCAGGAAUCCAGACGGUGAUGUAAAACCCUGGUGCUUCAUCAAAACAGAUAACAAGGUGAAAUGGGACUCCUGUGACGUUUCACCCUGCUCAGCAACAGAAAAGACUCCAGUGACUACAGUUGCCCCAGCUGUUCUUCCUAUAGCGGGUAAGACAUUCAAUAUGUGUGGACAGCCAGAGGCUGAGAGAAUGCUCAAAAGGAUUUAUGGUGGGGCCAAGACCAUGUCUGGCAAACAUCCCUGGAUGGCAUCUCUACAGAGCAAGCGUUCAUUGGGCCCCUCUAUGCCAAAGGGACACUUCUGUGGAGGAGCUCUGAUUGAACCAUGCUGGAUUCUCACUGCUGGACACUGCAUUCAAUUUCAAGCAGACAACCUGCAAGUGUUCCUUGGAAAGCAAGAUCUGGAGAGGACAGAGCACCAUGAACAAAAAUUUGAUGUGGAGAAGAUAAUUCGUCAUGGACAUUACAAAGAAAUGAAUGAUAUUCCAUUCAAUGAUAUUGCUUUGCUUAAGCUGAAGCCAGUUGAUGGCCAUUGUGCUCUAGAAACGAAGUACGUAAAAGCUGUGUGUUUGCCCAAUGCUCCAUUUCCUGAUGGAACUGAAUGCUACAUCUCAGGAUGGGGAGUUACUGAAACAGGUGAAGGAUCUCGUCAGCUGUUAGAUGCCAGAGUAAAGCUGAUCUCCAAGACACGGUGCAAUGCACGGUGUGCAUAUGAUAACAAACUGGAUGAAAGCAUGCUUUGUGCAGGAAAUCUGCAGGCACCAGGAAUUGAUACUUGUCAGGGAGAUUCUGGGGGUCCUCUAACCUGUGUACAAAAUGGUUCCUAUUAUGUCUAUGGAAUUGUGAGCUGGGGUGAACAGUGUGGUUUAAAAGAUAAACCAGGAGUUUAUACCCAAGUGACAAGAUUCCUCAAUUGGAUUAAAUCAAAAAUUAAGCAGGAGUCCAGUUCACGCGAGUAAGCGACACUUUCUGGAAAGGCAAAUGGUGGUGUUUGUGCAAGACAGCAGACUGAGCCAGAGGACGUUCUGAACAGUUACAGGAUGGGAGGCGGCAGUGAAAGGCCCACUAAUGUGCCCUAGUCCUGGUUCAGUCUCCAGACCCAAUCUGCCCCUUGCUUCCAACCAGGAAGUGGAAACUGGGACUGUUGUUUUUCAUGUGCGGACACCUACGAUUGGACUGAGGCCACUCUGUAGCCUUCAGAUGGCAUGCAACUUUUGGUCAUUAUUUGGGUGGGCUUUAUAAAACUACCUGCUGCAAUGUGCUGAAAUGUAAAUCCGAUGAUCCUUAGUCUCUCCCCAACAAUGACAUUUGCCCAGAUUCUCAACUUGUACCCACAAUUCCCCUUUACAUUUAGUAACUGCUGGGUGCAGGCUGUUUGCUACAUCACAGUCAUUUCCUGUCUGGCUUUUUUUUUUUAAUGUAAUCUCUCAAAGCUUUUGCGUUGCCACUGUGAGUCUUAAUAUUACAUGGGUCCUUUGAUCUGGAACCCCAUGAGUCAUUUUCUUUAUCACAGUGUGCAGAGUUUUGUCCUCAUCCUCACACAUUACAUCCAUUUAAUUCGUAGUUAUCUCCACAGCUUUAAAAUAUCAAUGGCUUUUUGUGCACUGUAAGGUCAUUCUCCCUCAACAGCCUUCCAUGUGCAGCACAUGAUCCAAUUUUGUAAAUACCACAAACAAUUUGAUGUUUAAUGAAAGGCUACAAAGAUCUCCAUAUCCCCACCGCUCCUCUGGUAAUUCUAGUUCAAAUACGUUGGUAUCUUGAGAAGAAACAUGACAUGCAGAUCUGACAAUUGUGAGAUUUGUCAAGACUUGGCAAAACUGCUUUAGCUGCAUGAGCAGCAGAUCUUCUUUACUCUUUUCCUCAGAUGAUAUGCGUGAGAAGGUUUGUAAACCAACAAAUUUUCCUCCCCGUAUUAGAGAGGAUAACAAGAAAUGUAUUUUUUAGGCCUCACUUGUACCUCCAUAACUGGCCUUUCAGCCAGAUUAAGGCUCAAAUUAUACAAUAAAACCUUACAUGUAUCUUAUACACAGAAGGAACCCAAAGCACAUUGUGAACUAAUGUAGAUCCAAGGAUCUCACUGCCCAUGACUGAAAUGUAGCCCCCAAGAGGCCAGCUGUUUAAUUUGCCCAAUAAUCACAACUGGAUUGAAAGAUAGAAAUUCCUGAUAGCUUUACACUCUACCAAACAGAAUUGUUUCUCAAAGGAAAAGAGUUCUAUUUCUCUGGUCAAUAAAACUAUACCGCCUUCCAAUCCCGUCUGGACUCAGGUAUGUCUCUAUUGUCCUUCUGUAUCUAGAGGAAAACUUCCUAAAGCCUGUUUUCCUUAAUGAAGCAGUCCAGUUUAUUAUGAAGUCUACCGCCUGAAAUGAA